AUGGAUUUUAUGCUGUCAUUGAUUGGCUAUGCUGUUGGACUGGGAAAUAUUUGGAGAUUUCCAUACCUCUGUUAUAAGAGUGGUGGGGGUGCUUUCCUUAUCCCAUACGUUAUAUUUAUGUUAUUGUGUGGAAUGCCUCUAUUCUUUAUGGAAGUAACUUAUGGACAAUUUGCGAGUCUGAGUCCAGUUACCAUUUGGAGCAUCAGCCCCUUGUUUAAAGGUGUGGGAUAUGGUAUGGUCAUUAUAUCGGGAAUCGUGUGUAUUUAUUACAACAUUAUUAUUGCCUGGACUCUGUAUUACCUAUUUACAUCCAUGCAGACAACCUUACCUUGGAGUAAUUGUGAUAAUGAGUGGAACACAGAGUUUUGUGCUUUAAGAGGCACUGAAAACUCAUCAGCAUGGUCAAAUUCUUCCUUGUUCAGUAAUUUAUCUGAAUUUGGUGGCUACAAUGCUUCUGCUCUCUCUCUGGCUUCCAAUCUAACAACAAAUAUUACCAAGAUACCACCAAGUCAGGAAUUUUGGCAACGUCAAGUUCUCCAGAUAACAGAAGGUAUAGAGAGUAUUGGUGGUAUUCGAUGGGAGUUGUUUGGUUGUUUGAUAUUAUCCUGGAUCAUUGUUUUCCUGUGUAUUUGUAAAGGUGUUCAGUCUUCUGGCAGAGUUGUAUAUGUAACAGCAACAUUCCCCUAUUUAAUUUUAUUGAUAUUAUGUGUUCGAGGUGUUACACUACCAGGUGCUAUGGAUGGUCUGAGAUUUUAUUUGAUUCCAGAUUGGAAUAAACUCUUAACUUUUCAGGUGUGGGGUGAUGCAGCAGUACAGAUAUUCUACUCGAUGGGUAUGGCAUGGGGUGGUUUAAUAACCAUGGCUUCUUACAAUAAAUUUCACAAUAACAUCUACAGAGAUGCCAUAUUGGUUCCCUUGAUGAAUUCUGGUACAAGUGUAUUUGCUGGUCUUGUCAUCUUCUCUGUCCUUGGUUUUAUGGCUCAUGAAACUGGUGUGGACAUUUCAGAAGUUGCCACACAAGGACCUGGUUUAGCUUUUGUUGCUUACCCUGCAGCCAUUGCUAGAUUGCCCAUUUCACCAUUAUGGGCUGUGUUAUUCUUCCUGAUGUUGCUGACAGUUGGUUUGGACACUCAGUUUGGAAUGUUCGAAACUAUGACCAGUGCUUUUGUUGAUGAAUUUCCACGCUAUUUGAGAAACAAGAAAUUGGUGUUUACAAUUGGCAUGUGUGUGGUGGAAUUUGUUUUAGGAAUUCCUUGUAUUAUGGAGGGAGGAAUCUACAUCUUACAGAUUAUGGAUUGGUACUGCUCAUCUUUCUCAUUAAUGUUGAUGUCUUUGAUUGAGUGUUUAGUAAUUGCAUGGGUGUAUGGUGCUGAUAGAUUUUAUAAAGAUAUUGAGCUCAUGAUUGGUUAUCAACCCUGUAUUUGGUGGAAAAUCUGCUGGAAAUUCAUUACUCCUACUAUUAUUUUGUCUGUAUGGUUAUUUAGUAUAAUCUCUAUGACACCUGUAACGUAUGGUGAUUACGAAUAUCCUCAAUGGUCUGUAGUAUUAGGCUGGUGUUUAAGUCUUGUGUCUAUCAUACCUUUACCAGUUGUGGCUAUUUAUGAAAUCUCUAAAGCUGAUGGACCAAUUUUACAGAGGAUUAUUAAAUUAUCAAAGCCCUCAAAAACAUGGGGUCCAGCUCUACAGAAACAUCGAGAAGAAUAUUAUGCUACCCUAGAACCAUCUGAACGACCAGAUUUUGUCCCAGUGUCGGCUCCUGGAGUGAAAAGUCACUUAGACCCGUUCAACCUCCUAUUCAACCUAUACCAUGGCCUACAUCUCCUUGGAAAGAAAUUCAGAUUGAUAUAUUUGGAGAAGUUCAAGUCGCUCCUCAAGACUCUAGAUUGUUAUUUGUGA